AAAACAAUUCCACCCCAGGCCCCAGCACCAUCUCUCUCUCUCUCUCUCUCUCCGAUGAGCGGCAGCCUCCGUCUCUUCACCACCGCCGCUUUUGCCACCCCUCCGCUGCCGCUAUUAAAAGACAACAAAUUUUAGGUUCUUACUGCAGCACUCGUGCGUGCAUUGCGAUAACAAAAACCUCUGGAAAACAAAAAAAAGAACGUUUGUUGCCACUGUGUAGAAUGUAGCACUGUAGGAGAAGUUUACUUGAAUAUCCAAAGAGCUAUGAACUAUACGGCGUCUACGAUGUGGUCAAAUUGGAAAUGAGAUGACAAUCAUGUAUGACAAUUGUUCCUGUCUCUCUAGAGACUUAUUAUUGUCCUGAUACUGGACAGGAGUUCUAUACAUAUCCUAGUCUAAUACGCUAUGUUGAUUAUGCCAAGAAAAAUAAGAUUGGCAUCUACGGACCGGUAUUUAAAUCAAUCAGAAAAUGGGAAAUCGAUGCGCUGAAGAAACAAAAUCCCAUUGGUCAUAGGAAGACAACAACUGCCUUGUCGAUUCCUGGGAGACCGAGUCUACCAAACUCAGAUUCAUUAGCAGCAGACCAGGAACAUUAUUUUUUAAAAUCAAUCAGAAAACAGGAAAUCGAUGCGCUGAAGAAGCACAAUCCCAUUGGUCAUAGGAAGACAACAGGUGCCUUGUCAAUUCCUGGGAGGCCGCGUCUACCAAACUCAGAUUCAUUACCAGCAGACCAUAAUGAUGAUUCUAAACCAUCCAGCUCAGGUAAAAGUACUGAUGAGGACGUUGAGGAUUAUGUGCCCGAGCAAUAUGCUGAUGUCUCUACUAACAUGGAAAUUGAUGAAGCGGAUGAAUUCCGUAACUCAAGAAGUAAAGAAAUAAUAAAUAACUGAUCAGUCAUUCGCUGUUAAGUGUUUGUCAUUAUGUUCUUUACUCAGGAUAAACUUUCAUGUUUCCAGAGGAUUUAUCUCAUAUACUCUUUAUUUCCCUGUCCUUGUUUUCAAAUGAGAAAAAUGGUCUCGACAUUACUUUAUAUGAUUAUGAUUAUAUCUAUACAUUCAGAAUCAUUUUGUUACCA